AAGAACGCUCGUGUACCAUCACCAUCUCUGUAAUCUCUUAUCGCUGGUCCUCUUGUCUCUUGCCAUCUUGCCUCGACAAUCUUUAUUUGGUUGUCACGCGGGAUGGCUGGGUUCGAUCUGGCUAUAACUAGGCCAUAGAGACGUAAGUUUCUUGGUGCGUUAAAAAAAAAAAGGAAGAAUUCAUCGUCUGAUGUGCACACAUGUGCACAUAUGCACACCAAGACCGGCACUUUGAUUUGAACGGAACUAUUUGAACAUGAAUAUUGGCUACUCGUUAAUUGUCACAGGUCAUGCGCCGACUCUGCAUUACGCAUUUGCAUACAUUUGCACCUUUGUGCGAAGUUCCUUAUAUUGUUAUCUCGUGUAGCGUCUUUUUGUGUGUGUAUGUGUGUGUGCGUGUGCAAGUGUACAUGCGCGUGCGCGUGUGCAUGUGAGUGUGUGUUGGGGGGGGGGAGGAUUGCGAUUUUUGGAUCGCCGGGCUCUUCAGUAAAUAAAAUAUCCAUACUGUCGCAGCUAACAAAAAAAAUAAAUAAAUAGUACGAGCGCUUUUCUCGUCUUGGUUUUGGUUCUGUUGUUCUGGCUUCAAACCACAGAUACCUACGAACUGUCUAGCUUAUCCAUCCAUCUACAAACAGAGAGGGAGAUAAAAAUAUUUCCGUUCGCUUUCUUCCACAGAGUCGCAGACUUCCCCAAAAUGCGGGUUGCGGUGAUCGGCGCCGGCUGCUGCGGCAUCACGGCCGUCAAGGCGUGCCUCGAAGAAGGACUGGACGUGGUCUGCUUCGAGAAGGCGUCAAACUGUGGCGGGCUGUGGUGGUACCGGGACGAGACGCCCGAGUCCGGCACCGGUACCGUGAUGCGAUUCACCGUGGCCAACACCAGCAAGGAGAUGUCCUGCUACAGCGACUUCCCGCCGGACAGGGACGCGCCGCUGUUCAUGACGCACUGGCAGACGCUCCGUUACAUCAGAAGCUACGCGGACCACUUCGGCGUCACGCCGAGGAUACGGUUCAACCACGAGGUGCUCAGACUCGACAAGGACGGCACAGUCAGGAUCCGCGACACAGCGGCGGACCGCGAGUGGGAAGAGACCUUCGACGCCGUGCUGGUGUGCUGCGGACACCACGGGACUCCGCUGAUGCCGGACGUCCCGGGCCGAGAACUGUUCCGCGGCCGGGUGAUGCACUCCCGUGACUACAAGGACGUCGACGAGAGGGUCCGGGACAAGAACGCGGCCGUCGUGGGUUGCGCCAACUCCGCAAUAGAUGUGGCGGUCAACCUGGCCUCCGUUGCGCGGCAGGUCUUUCUGAGCACCAGGAGGGUGAACUGGAUACUCCCGAACCACUACCGAGGAACUCCAUUCGACGAGUACGCCUUCAAACAGCUGAGACUGUGGCUGUACAGCUGGCUGCCCAGCUCCUACUACUCGCGCUUUCUCACCACCAUCGCCAACGAAGCCUGGGACCACAAAAUGUUCGGCCUCGAACCUAGCCACGACAUCCUCACUCAGGGUCUCGUCGUCAACAACUACAUCCAGGGCAAGUUGCUGGACGGCACCGUCAAACCCCGAGGCGCUCCCGAACGAUUCACCGAAACAGGUGUGGUCAUGGACGGCGUCGAAGAGGAAGUGGACACCGUCGUCUUCGCCACGGGCUUCAAGGCAGACUUGCCUUUCCCGACGGACGCGUUGCCGCGGAACGGAGAGAGGUUCCUCCUGUACAAGAUGAUUGUUCCUCCAGAUAACCCUAACGUGGCGUUCUUGGGGUUCAUCGACGCCAGCUCGAACAUGCUGCAGGCCUUCGAGAUGCAAGCCCGCUUCAUGGCCCUGGUGCUGUCCGGCAAACUACGCCUCCCGUCCAAGGAAGCGAUGAAAGCUGACGUAGAAGCGACGCAAAACAAGAUAACCUCCACGUUCAUCCCCACGACCAGGCAUGCUCUGAUGAUAGAUCGGGUGCGCUACGUCGACGACCUAGCUGGCAUCAUCGGCGUGAGGCCUAGCUUUUUUAAGCUGUUCUUCACGGACCCCAAGUUGUACUGGACGCUGAUUACAGCACCUUUGCUGAAUUAUCAGUACAGGCUACGGGGACCUCACUCUUGGACUGGAGCUCGCGAUGCCAUAUUGGGAUACAAGGACCGCAUGCGCGCAUCGCUGACUCGUCCUGAAGGGGGCCGGAAGAGGCUGUUCUCUCAGCACCACUUCACCGCCGGGAUGGUCGCGUUUGUGGCAGCAGCGACAUCGUCAGCGUGGUACCUCGGAGCGUUUUGAGGUGCAGCAGACAGUGAAAAACAGUAACGUGCCCUUGUGAGAAGUGUGUGUAUUCGUACAAAGACAAAAACGUGCCUGCUUCGCGACGUAGGGAACUACAAAAAAAAUACUCAGUGCCCUUCCACUCUGUGAAAGAUGACAAGCGAAGCUGUGUAUGCGGGCCCCUUAAUGGCGAACUGCACCUCCGCCGCGGGUCGGCCCGGCAUUUCACUAUCCUCGGGAUCGGCUCAUGUAUGGGGACUGUUUAACGCCUGCUUCGCUUCCGCCGCGGGUCGGCCCGGUAUUGUACUAUCUUCGGGAUCGGCCUACGUAUAUAUGGGGAGUGCUUAACACAUGCGUCACCUCCGCCGCGGGUCGGCCCGGCAUUGCUCUACCUUCAAGGAUUUUUUUUUUCUACACGCGGACACGAUAGCGGGGAAAGUAUAGCCCUUAACAGCUUCACUGUAAAAAAAAUGAAAAAAAAAAGAAAAGAAAACACGAUAUGUCUGAAUUGUGGUCGUUGAUGUGGGCAUCAGUUGAAGCAGCAGGCAUGUGUAACUGACUACAGCUUUGAUUACAGAACGUCAUUCUGACUAACCUCCCUGCCUUCUACUUUUCGCUUUCCUCCUCCUCCUUGAUUACAGCAUUAUCCAGGUUGACGAAUACGCUCAGAUGCAGCGUGAAAUACGUCGAACAUACGCGCCAUGUGGUCCGCGCUUUGUCUUUGUUCUUAUCACCAUUCUCUGCUUCAUUGUAAAGUUCCCUGUGCCGAGAUGUGUACUUGUCUCGUUGACGCACCUAUUUCUCUAUUUGUGUGUUUUUGUAGCGCAUGCUCAACGAUUCCAGUGCCGUCUAAAGCACUAGAAAAAAUUAUUCGUUACAGGUUGACUAACUUUCUAAGUAAGUAUUCUGUUCUUUCUGACUACCAGCUUGGAUUUAGAAAACAGAGAUCCACUGAGAUGGCAUUGACUAAACAAAGAGAAAUUAUAAUUGCCGCCUUUGAAGAAAGGCUUCUUGUUCUCGGAGUAGAUAUAGACGUAUCCAAACCAUUUGAUCUAAUUGACCACUUUCUAUUAUUUCAGAAACUCAGUCACUAUGGCAUUAGGGGCAUCAGUCUUGCUUUAGUACAGUCUUACCUAAAGUACCGUAAACAAAUGGCGUGCUUAAAUGAAACAUCAUCAGAUGUUGAGCCAAUCUUGUCUGGUGUACCUCAGGGAAGCAUUUUAGGGCCUUUGUUGUUUUUAGUUUACAUAAAUGACAUUUUUCAUACCCCCUUUCCGGUUCAUCUCGUAGCUUACGCUGAUGAUAUUACAAUGCUCGCCACAGGAAACACACUAGCUGAGUUAUCCCUCCGUGGCAACCAAUUUUUGGAACAUUUGCGUCACUGGUGUAAUAAAAAUCGUCUUAAAAUUAAUACGAACAAGAAAAAGGCUAAGGUAUAUAGGACAAAAAAUAAAGUAGUAAGUGGUGAUAUCGAACUAUUAUUAGGUAAUGACAAGAUUGAUAUUGUACCCAGUAUAAAAUCUCUUGGUGUUGUAUUCUCUGAGACGCUCAGUUGGGACCUACAAAUUGAAAAUAUUCGUGCUAAAAUGAACAGGUGAAAUAGCGUGUUAUGUAAACACAGGUUAACCCUUCCUACACAGGUUAAACUCCUCAUUUAUAAUUAAUGUAUAGCGCCAGUGAUUACUUAUUGCCACACAGUUUGGGGUACGACGACACAGCACAAUAAACAUCGCCUUCUUAUUGCACAAAAGCGUGCGAUAAGACUGAUAGCUAAUUUGCCGUGGAAUGCUCACACCAGACAAUAUUUCAGGCAGUUCGAUAUUUUAAGAACAACUACCUUGUAUGUGUUCAAACUACUUUGCAAUAACAAAACUGCUAUAGCAACGAACAGUAGCCUUAUGUUAUCAAUGUUUCAGCUAGCGCGUCAUGUACCUACAUAUGACGUACGUCCCUCUAUAUCAUGGACCCUACCAUUAAGUUGCACCAAAUACCGCACACAAUCUUUAUCGUACAAUGUGCCGAGGUACCUAAAUGUUCUCGAAGAUAAUCGUUUUUUUUUGUUAGGUUGCUUUCCACACGAACUUUCAUGGAAUUGAUCAAUCUUUUCGAGCCUUCGACCGAACAGCUCACCUGUGUAACUGUUUGACAAUGCAUUGUAAGGGGCUUGAAUGAAUUCUAUUUAUCUGUAUUUUGUUCUAAGUUGGCGUUAGAAUUGUAUGAUGGGAAUUGGUGAGAAAUUGUGUAAUUGCGUUAAUUGUGUAAAAUCACAAUAAUGUAAUAGAUUACGUGUAAAAUUACAAUUAAGCAAUAGAUUACGGGUAUUGUGAUUUUGAAUCCUGUUGUUGUAUAUACUUUGCGAACUGCCUCAUUGCCUUUGUUUUUCACCCCACUGCUGCUCUGUGGGGCGUAAGGGGUUCUCAAGCUGCAUUUCGCAGCUUUUUCCCUUCCGUCCUCUCUUAUUUUUGUACUUUGUUUUGAGAGAAAUAAAUCUACGUAUCUCUCUAUCCAUA